CCGCUUCCGGGGUCUGGCGCCGGGAUCGCGGCCGGCUCCCCGCUUACGCUCGGCCCGGUGCGCGGGAGACUAUGGCGUCCUCCUCGGUCCCGCCGGCCACCGUCCCGGCAGCGGCAGCGGGCCCCGGCCCGGGUUUCGGCUUCGCCUCCAAAACCAAGAAGAAGCAUUUCGUGCAGCAGAAGGUGAAGGUGUUCCGGGCGGCCGACCCGCUGGUGGGCGUGUUCCUGUGGGGUGUAGCCCACUCGAUCAAUGAGCUCAGCCAGGUGCCUCCUCCAGUGAUGCUGCUGCCAGAUGACUUCAAGGCCAGCUCCAAGAUCAAGGUCAACAACCACCUUUUCCAUAGGGAAAAUCUGCCCAGUCAUUUCAAGUUCAAGGAGUAUUGUCCCCAGGUCUUCAGGAACCUCCGUGAUCGGUUUGGCAUUGAUGACCAGGAUUACUUGGUGUCCCUUACGAGAAGCCCCCCGAGUGAAAGUGAAGGCAGUGAUGGUCGCUUCCUCAUCUCCUACGAUCGGACUCUGGUCAUCAAAGAAGUGUCCAGCGAGGACAUUGCUGACAUGCACAGCAACCUCUCCAACUACCACCAGUACAUCGUGAAGUGCCACGGCAACACACUGCUGCCCCAGUUCCUGGGGAUGUACCGAGUCAGCGUGGACAACGAGGACAGCUACAUGCUUGUGAUGCGCAACAUGUUUAGUCACCGUCUGCCUGUGCACCGGAAGUAUGACCUCAAGGGCUCCCUAGUGUCCCGGGAAGCCAGUGAUAAGGAAAAGGUUAAAGAAUUGCCCACCCUUAAGGAUAUGGACUUUCUCAACAAGAACCAGAAAGUUUACAUUGGUGAAGAGGAGAAGAAAGUCUUCCUAGAGAAGCUGAAGAGAGACGUGGAGUUUCUAGUGCAGCUGAAGAUCAUGGACUACAGCCUUCUGCUGGGCAUCCACGACAUCAUCCGGGGCUCUGAACCAGAGGAGGAGGGGCCCGUGCGGGAGGACGAGUCGGAGUGGGAUGGGGACUGUAACCUGACUGGACCGCCUGCUCUGGUGGGCUCCUAUGGCACCUCCCCUGAGGGUAUCGGAGGCUACAUCCAUUCCCAUCGGCCCCUGGGCCCUGGAGAAUUUGAGUCCUUCAUUGAUGUCUACGCCAUCCGGAGCGCCGAGGGGGCCCCCCAGAAGGAGGUGUAUUUCAUGGGCCUCAUUGACAUCCUGACGCAGUAUGAUGCCAAGAAGAAAGCAGCGCACGCAGCUAAGACCGUCAAGCAUGGGGCAGGGGCGGAGAUUUCCACGGUCCAUCCCGAGCAGUAUGCUAAGCGGUUCUUGGAUUUUAUUACCAACAUCUUUGCCUAAGAGACUGCCAGCUCCACGGUGACUGCUGCUUCAUAUUCAAGGUGGUGGGGCUCUCAGAGGCUUGGGGGAACUGUGGAUGUUCUGGCCACUGCUUCUCUUCCUCUUUUGCUAAAAUCCACUCUGCAGGCUCCUUCCACCCAAGUAACCCCAUCUUGUGGAACAGGCUCUUCCUGACCCUCAGAAAUACAUCGUCCUUCCUCCCCUUUGUCCACGUUUCUUCCCUCCCUCCUCCCUGCAACACGUCUGCUUGCUUUAUUAGAGUGUUAUGGUUGACUGUCUCCCAAGUGCCUUGAUCUUUGUCAAAUACCCUGUUGUUUCUAUAAAAUAGGAGGAGCUGGGGGCAGGGGGUUGUUGGCCAUCUUCAGGACCUGACGGGACAGAUGGACCUGGCUCAAGCAGCUGCUCUGGAUGCACUUUGCUGUGGGGGAUGACCUCAGAGUGUCUGACUUUGCAGAUCUCACUCUGGCGUGCUUCCCUCCUGGUAGGCCCUGGGAUGGAGGACUUUGAAGACACUACAGAUGUGGGUGCAGGCACGCACACACGUUGAUGGACUACGUCCAGUCUGACACAGAGCGGGGGUUGGAGGGUGGUCAGCAGCCUGGCCCCUCAUGGAGGUGGGCUCUAAGAGGACUCCUGUGAUGAUGCCAGGCACUGGAGAGGGUCUCUGUCGAGGAGUGACCCCUCUCCAGUCUCUCCCCUCCUUUCACUUGCACCACCACCACCACCCCUGCACGGGGAGGCCAGGGAUGGCCCGAAGCAUUCACGCCUGGGUGAAGUUGUGUGACUGUCGCUGUUCUUCACGAGACCGUCACAGCCCUCUGGGGGCUGGAACUCUUCAGUGGGCCAGUGGCCAGCUCUGGAGCUGGACGUGAUGGGGCGGGGACUGUGGCCUGUUCUGGGAUGAUGAGCCGGCAGUGCAUGAUGCAUUUGCCCUGUGAAGUUUGCUUUCCUGUCUGGCCAUCCGAGCGUUAUUCCCCGCAGAGGACUAGCUCUGCAUGGGCUUGCGUGUGGGAACCUCCCCCGCGCCCUGGAUGUUUAUGCCUAACAGACUUCCUUCCCUCACCCCUUCUCAAGCCCUUUCUCCAGUUGGACUUGUUAUGCUGUUCUCCUCUGUCCUGUCUUUACUGCUACUGUGUCUCCCAGGGGACAGAUGGCCGUCUUUGUCAUCUUCACUCUCCACCCCCAGAGAAGAGUCAGAGCCAUAGCUCUGUCACCCAGCCUCUGCAGAGAGGAGUUGAGGCGUGAUAGUCUCAGGACGUGGAGGACUGUGAGAUAGAGUGUCCUCCCCUCUCCCAGUGCCUUUGGAGCCAGAGCACCCAUGCUCCAGGUUGUCCUCCAGCGCCUUGGAGCUUCCCACACUUAAACUUUCUUUUUUUUAAUUUGAGAGACAGUUAAGAGUUCCCAUCCACUGGUUCGUGUCCCCCGAUGCCCACAGUAGCUAGGACUGAGGGCUGAAUCUGGGAGCUGGGAACUCAGUCCAGGUCUCCCAUUUGAGUGGCAGGAAACCAAUCACUUGAGCCGUCACUGUGGCCUCCCGGGGUCUGCAUCAGGAGCUGGAGGCGGGUGUGGAACCCUGGCACUCUGGUCUGGGACCCCACAGUUAACGGAAAGGUGGAUGCAAGCAACUGCCCUUGGGGCUGCAGGGCUGCUUUUCUUUGUGUCUGGCUGGGACUGAUCAGUUUCACAAGAGGUCAUGAGGUCACAGGGAGAAGCCCUGGCUCCCCUUAAUCUCCAAAAGGAAGUAGCAAGAGGAGUCCCCAGCUGGGGGUUGGAACCCCUCUAAUGCUUUCCUGUCUGGCCCUGAUGGACCGUUUUCAUUCCAGCCUGCUACCUUUUCCCUGUCGAAUGCAAUAAAACUCGGUGACACCAGCAACCAUUGUCCUUUAGAAGUGGGUGUUCUGGCCAUGUGGCUGAUGUAUCAUGGGCAGUAUGGUCUUCAUUUGUUGCUUCUGUUUUUCCUCUUUUUUGUUUUAUUAAUAAAAAGAUCUUGUGUAUUUACUCCCAUUACUACUACAAUACAGAAAAUAAAU